GGUUUACUCCAGAAAUUGCAUUUACUGCAGGAGGGGAAAAAGGUCAAGAAUAACUUAUUUCCUCCAUUCUGUUCUUAGUGAUCCCUUACAGGUCAGUGAUAAUUCCCAUCAAAAAACUGAGCAAUGCAAUAACCACAUCAAACCCAUGGAUAUGUGUAUCAGGGGAACUAGGAGAUACUGGCGUAAUGCAGAUUCCUAAAAACCACCUAGAAAUGACAUUUGAGUGCCAGAACUUAGGGAAGCUGACGACCGUUCAGAUUGGUCAUGACAACUCAGGGCUGCUAGCCAAGUGGCUGGUUGAUUGUGUCAUGGUCAGAAAUGAAAUAACAGGACACACGUACAAGUUUCCCUGUGGGCGAUGGCUGGGAAAGGGUGUUGAUGAUGGCAGUUUGGAGCGAAUACUCAUUGGAGAGCUGGUGUCCUCCAUGUCUGAUGAAGAGCUGGGAAAGCAGUGCCGUACCCCACCGCAGCAGAAAUCACCUACCACGGCUCGACGACUCAGCAUCACUUCCCUCACAGGGAAGAACACCAAACCUAAUGCGGGACAGAUCCAAGAGGGAAUUGGGGAAGCUGUGAACAAUAUUGUGAAACAUUUUCACAAGCCAGAGAAAGAGAGAGGGAGCCUUACCAUUUUGCUGUGUGGAGAGAACGGUCUGGUGGCAGCACUGGAGCAGGUCUUCCACCAUGGAUUCAAAUCUGCUCGAAUUUUUCAUAAGAAUGUCUUCAUCUGGGAUUUCAUAGAGAAAGCUGUUGCUUAUUUUGAAACCAGUGACCAGAUUGGAGAUAAUGAGGAGGCCCUUUUGCUUCAGAGAUCUUCAUGUAAAACCUUCUGUCAUUAUGUGAAUGCCAUCAAUACUGCUCCAAGGAACAUCGGAAAGGAUGGCAAAUUCCAAAUUCUGGUUUGCCUGGGGACAAGGGACCACUUGCUCCCUCAGUGGAUCCCGUUGCUGGCAGAGUGCCCGCCCAUUACAAGGAUGUAUGAGGAGAAUGCUCUCCUACGGGACCGCAUGACUGUCAACUCCCUUAUCCGAGUCCUACAGACAUUACAAGAUUUCAAUAUCAUCCUAGAAGGAUCGCUCAUUAAAGGAGUGGAUGUUUAGCAUGGCUUUGCUGAGAACUUCAUUAUUCCUUUCCCAAGCAAGCAAACCACAAUUGGAGACCUGUCAGGACCUGAACACGAUGGUAGUGCACCACUGUAAGGCAAAGCUGCUGGUUGAAGCGGGAGUGGGAAGCCCAGUUUGUGCCUGAUGGGAACUGUCCUCUAAAGCUGCAGAAAGCUAAGAUGCAGUAUUGUAGUUUAUUUGAAACAGAAAUUUAGUAUAAAAUAGAGUAUUUUCAUGUGUUAGAUGUGUGUAAAUAUGCUAUCUUCUUUAAGAAAUUAUACUACUCUAAGAAAUUUUUCUUAGACUGAAUGUUCUUGUUCUGACUAUGAGUAGUUGAAACCCAGGGAAGGACUGGGGGGAGGGAAGGACUGAGGAGGGAAGGGAUGCCGCUACUUGCUUGCAAGGAAGAAGCCAAUCAAUGUGUAAAUACAGCGCAAACUCAGCAGGGCUUUUUUCAGGUAUUGCAAAUUAAUACAGCAAAUAUCCUUAAGUAGCCAUUGUGAUUGUCUCACUCUUGGAAAUGUUGCAAGCAUAUGUGCUGUCU